UUGCAAUUCAAUAACACAGUUUUUACUUAACACGUGUGUCAUCUUUAAUACAUUGUAAUUGUAAUUGACGACUACAGUCUACUAGCGGCAAUUGUUUUUACCAGUAAGACUCUGUUUUAAUUAUUCAUUUUUUGUCUAGUGCUUGUCAAUAAUAAAUAUAAACUUUAAUAGAAUGAUUUCAUGUAGCAGUAUCGGACUUGCUCUUCUUAUCAUACUUGUUAUUAUAUGUACUGUUAGUGAAGCAGCGAGAUAUAGAGCUAAAUUCGCAGCAUAUAUCUUUAGUAGCUUUAUUUUUGCUUCAGCGCCUAUACCAUUAAUGUUAUUUCGUCCCGGUGAUUGGAGAAAUGCAUUAAUACCGGCUUGGCUAUUGAAACACUUUUCCCGUAUGAUAGGGUGUAAUUUUAUUUUAAUUGGAAAAGAAAAUAUUGUUAAAGAUACUGGUGCAGUUGUUCUUAUCAAUCAUCAAAGUUGUUUAGAUGUUAUCAUUUUAGCAGAACUAUGGCCAGUUCUUGAACGUUGCACAGUUAUUGCUAAAAAAGCUGUUUUAUAUUUAGGAUCAUAUGGACUUGCUUCAUGGUUAUGGGGAACGAUAUUUAUAGAUAGAAACAAUUCCAAUGCUCAUAAUAAAGUAAAUUCAACUGUUGAAAUAAUAAACAAAAGAAAGGCAAGAGUUUUAUUUUUCCCAGAAGGUACAAGACAUUCUAAUAACACUUUAAUGCCUUUUAAAAAAGGCGCGUUUCACGUUGCAGUUGAUUCACAAAUACCUAUUCAACCUGUUGUACUUUCUAAAUAUUAUUACAUUAAUCAUAAAUUGAAGCGAUUUAAUUCUGGAGUUAAUUAUUUAUCUAUUUUGCCACCUAUUUCUACAAAAGGGAUGACUAAAAAUGACAUACCUUCUCUUAUGGAAAAAGCUUAUAAAGUAAUGAAUGAAGAAUUUCAACAAAAAACACAAGAAGCCAUUAAAAAUUUUAUGGUUGAUCAAAAAACUGAUUAAUUCAAAGUUUAUUAGACUUAAUAAUCAAGAUCCAGCAAAUGAUACCGAAUUCCUAAGUUAUUUAUUAUUUUUCUUUAUCAGGUUUACUCAAGUAAAUCAAGACUAAAAUAAAUCACAUUGUCCUCCAAUAUUUAAUUAAAACAUCUAUUGACUAUAAUAAAAAUUUAGAGUUUUUUUGUUUUAUAAAGUCAGUGCUUCUGCAUUUAAAAAUUUUUUAAUAUUUUAAAUAAUUAAAGAAAAUAUAUUUUUUGUAACAUUGUAACGGUAUACAUUACAUUGUAU